AUGCCGCUCAUUCUGCGGAUAAUCGAAGGGUUUGUUCAACUCUUCGUCCUUGCUUUAUCCCUUUUGGGAUGGUAUGUGGCCGUCUACCAUGUCGGAGUGGGAUGGCUUGUCCAGCUGCAAGAACGACGUCUGCUGGGUGGCCUGUACAUCCUCGUUACGGGCACUCUAAUACCAGCGUGCAUCUUCCUCUAUCUAUACCUCUGUUCCGGACGCACUACGCAUAAUGUGUUUGACUAUCCUGCUCCCGACGUGUCUGCCCUUACAGAGCCUUAUCCAUGUGCAACACUCCGAGGGGAAUUGGCAACAUGCGACCGAGCAAGGUGCAAAUCCAAAUGGAAGCCUCCCAGGUCGCACCAUUGCUCGACCUGCAACGUCUGCAGACUGGAAUUCGACCAUCAUUGCUCUUGGCUCGGAAACUGCGUGACAAUCCAACGGCAAAAAGCUUUCCUUUUCCUACUCCUUCUCUUUCCCGUGGUAUUCUUCGUGGGCGUCGCACCAGUCGCAGAGACACUGAUGGGCCAUGUCGACUCUGCACUUCUCGUUUCAUACAUGGACCCUUUCCUCCAGAAGUACUGGUGGGAUAGACCUUACUCCUGGGUUAUCCUUGCAGGUCCCUUCGGGCGGUAUAUCGUGGGGAUCGUCUUAGGGUAUGCAAAGCUCAAUGGCGAAAGGCGGGGCGAAGGUCUUGCGGUCAUGACACUCCGGUCUAUCCUGCAGGGAACGACAAGUUAUGAAGACCUUAAGCGCUCUGGAAGGGUCAGGAAAGGGUAUACAGCAGAACAUGUCUGUAUCCCCGAAGUCGGCCCCUCUGAGAGAGACCUUCUGGUAGUCCCAGUACCUCCCAAGCGUCGUCUGUAUGACCUGGGAAGGGCACAGAAUUGGAGACUUUUCUGGCGUUCUCAGUUCUUCCCCACCGUCAGCCCUGUUUACACUUGGCCAAAAUUGAAUCCAGACGUCCUGCGAGAGGCGCGUGAGCAGGCUAAUAUAAACGCCAAUUCGAGGGCGGAGUGA